AUGUUUUUAUUCUCAUUCUUUGUUGCGUCAAUUUUUUUAAUUUUGUAUACGUCUCGAAAUUUUCUCUAUUGGAUUAAAAGAAACGUGAAACAUGAACUUCCGCUGCCAGUGUUUGGAACUCAUUUCAAGAAUCUAUUCGGAAUCAAAGCUCUUACACAAAUAACAACGGAUUUAUAUAAUAAAUAUCCAGAAGAAAAAGUAGUUGGAUACUUUCGAGGCUCAACCCCAGAGUUAAUAAUUCGAGACCUCGAUAUCGUCAGGAAUAUACUGAAUAUAGAUUUUAUACACUUCUACCCACGAGCAAUGGGUAGAAACGUUGAAAUGGAACCACUGUUAAGAAAUUUAUUUCACGUGGAUGGUGAUAAAUGGAAACUCCUACGGCAGCAUAUGACCCCAGCCUUCACCACAGCGAAAUUAAAGGCAAUGUUUCCUCUGAUUAUAAAUUGUGCAGAAAAAUUACACACCGUAGGAGAGGACAUUGCUAAGAAUGGAGGAGAAUUUGAUGCUCGAGAAUUGAUGGCUAGAUUCACUACAGACUUCAUCGGUGCUUGUGGGUUUGGUAUCGAAAUGAAUACUUUGAAUAAUGAUCAUUCAGCGUUCAGAGAGUUGGGUAGAAAAGUAUUAAAUGUACCUUUACGUGAUGCCGUUCUUGUGGCUGUUUGGGACCUUUUUCCAGAAGUGAGAAAGUACAUUUGCGUUUCUAAUAACGAUGUGGAAAAGGAAAUGUAUAAUAUUGUUGUAGAAAUAUUUGAACAGAGAAAGUACAAGCCAUCUGGUAGAAAUGAUUUCAUCGAUCUUUUGUUAGAGCUAAUAGAUAAGGGAAAAAUUGUAGGAGAAUCCAUCGAGCAUGUCACCAACGGAGCUCCACAACCUGUGGAAUUAGAACUUCAAACAAUGGAUUUGGUAGCACAAGUGUUUAUCUUUUUUGCAGCUGGAUUUGAAACGUCAUCGUCAGCGACAAGUAUGACAUUACAUCAACUUGCAUUAAAUCCGGAAAUACAGCUUGAAGUCCAAACUGAGAUUGAUGAAGUGCUAACAAAAUAUGACAACAAACUUUGCUACGAUGCAAUAUCAGAGAUGACUCAAUUGGAUAUGGCCCUUAAGGAAGCCAUGAGAUUAUUCCCAUCUUUAGGAUUUCUACAAAGAGAGUGUGCAAGAAAAUAUACGAUACCACAAUUGGGGAUAACGAUCGAUCCUGGUGUGAAAGUAAUAAUACCAAUACAGGCAAUCCAUACUGACGAAAAAAAUUUUAAAGACGCCAAACAAUUCAGACCUGACAGGUUCUCAUCAGAAGCUGUAAAAAAAUUAAAUAAUUACGGUUAUUUACCGUUUGGGAAAGGGCCAAGGGCUUGUAUCGGGGCACGUCUCGGUCAGAUGCAGUCCCUAGCUGGUUUGGCCGCGGUAUUGAAAAAAUUUUCGGUGGAACCUUCAACAAAAACACGGGUGGAGCUGAAAAUUAACCCUUGGUCCAAUAUUGUUCAAAUUGUGGAUGGUGGCAUUCCUUUAAAGCUUAAAUUACGUAAAAUGUAA